GCGCUGUGUGGAAUGGGCGUGGUUAAUCACAAUCGGCGCGUUUGAUUGGUCGAUGUCAGGAUUCCAUCGCUGUGCUUUAGCUGAAGCAUGAAGCUCGGCGGGGUUUAGGACCCUGCUUCGCUGCAGCGGCUCGCCUGCAGUCACUGCGCCAGGAAUCAAACCCUCCAAAAUAAUAUAUCUCUGCAAAUCCAUUGACUGCAAGAAGAGCAGCAGACAAACCUGCCGUCUAGUUUACCUCUCAGUCACAUCACGCUUCGACUCAGUUCCGAUGAUUAAUUGGUGUUAGUGCGUCUCGUCUAGCGCACACUGAGGUCAGUAAGUCAUAUAUGAUGCACAUGCGAAAGAACUGAAGCACUGACGCGAUUAUUUCUCACCGCGAUCAUUUAAAGCUGCAGAGAUGUCAGUCGCGUCUGUCCAGUGCAUGAUGUUUGUUCUCCUGGUUCUGGUGUGUGCCGAGGUUCUGAGAGCUGGUCCAGUUCUGGAUGUUCACGUAGGCUUUAAGGAACACGAUGAGGUCUCGAGGGAUCGCAGGCCUGGCUUCAUGGAGAGUUCUCAGGAGAGCUCUGGGUUCUUCAGCGAAGACAGCGAGGAUGGCAAGAGCACUCAAAUCAAGACCAAAGACAGCGGUAUUGACCUAAGUGCCGUGAAUGAGCGCUGUCUGAUGCCCAAGAAGAUGGGACCUUGUCGUGGGGCGAUCCCUCGCUGGCACUUUAACCCCAUCACUAAAAAGUGUGAAAACUUCAUAUUUGGGGGCUGCAGAGAGAAUCGCAAUAACUUCGUGUCACUGGAGGAGUGUGCCAAAGCUUGCCACACAGUCUCUGAAUACAGCCAUUCAUCCCCAGAACCACCAUCUUCACCACUUUCUCUGAGCCAAAAGCCCAUUGUGACGAACCUCUCUUCCUCAUUGCUCAACCCUACGACUGAGUCUGUGGACCCGGAGAGGUGGGAGCGUGAUUCAGAAUCGAGUGGCUUCUCACUGCACCCCUCCCCGGAGCCGGCAAUCGCUGGUGCUGAAGGCCACGCCCACUCCACUGCCACGCCCCGCCUCGUUGGACUCGCAAGUCAGAACCAGCCAGAGGCCACAGCUGUGCCUGACAGGCGUCUGACGUCCAACGACCCGUUUGAUGACGAGAGGGGCCGUGAGGUAACACAAGCGCCCACGGCUCCUGAAAUCGGCCCCCUGCCCAGCCGGGAGCCCCUGCAGCCUGACAAACCACACCAGGAUGAUUCUGAGGAAGAGGAGGAUGAGGAAGAGUUGGCAGUUUUCCCCACCGCACUCGAUGAGGAGGAAGAGGACAAAUGGCGGUACCUCACGCCGCUCACAACCAGACCCUCAUCCUCCCCCACUUCAGACCUGCCACCCGUGGUCUUCACCGAAACCUCCUGGCAGGGGGCGCUGCUCACCACAACGGAGGAUGAGGAGGGGGCGGAGCUUCGUCACGGCGGCACCGAAUAUCUCGCCGAAACGGAGCUUCAUGACUCAGAGCUGUCCCAGGAGGCCGAGCAGGUUAUUUGCGUCGACUGGAGCAAUCUCGCAGGAAAGGGCUACGUUAUACUCAACAUGACAGAAAACGUUGAUUGUGAUGAGUUUCGUAUGGAGAGCGGCGACACACUCCUGGAGAUGCUGGAAAACACUUUCUCCAGAAAGAUGAACAUCCCACAAGGCUCUUGGCUCAUUUUCCUCAGCAAACCCACACAGCAGGACCACCAGCUCCUGAUGGCCUUAGCCAGCGAGCAGGAAAUCAUCCCUCCAAAAGACGUCCUGUCAAUGCUGGGGGAAAUCAGAAGAGGUCUAUACGAGAUCGGAAUUCAGAAUUAUUCGACCGUGAGCACGUGCCACUCGAGGCCCAGUCAGACCCGUAGCGACUACGGGAAGCUGUUUGUGGUUCUAGUGAUCAUCGGAUCGGUUUGCGUGCUCAUUAUUGCUUCUGGAAUCAUCUAUAUCUGCUGGCAGCGUCGUUUACCCAAACUAAAAAACAUGUCGAGAGGCGAAGAACUGAACUUUGUGGAGAACGGUUGCCAUGACAACCCCACACUGGACGUAACCAGCGACAGCCAAUCAGAGAUGCAGGAGAAGAAACACAGCGCCAAUGGCGUGGCGGCGGGCGGAGACGCGGGAAGCGGUUGGCAGGUGCUCGUCAAAAAACCCGGAAAAAACAAGAAACAAAAAAAAGAAAAACACACACACCUAAAAUCGCGAAAAAAACAAUCAGAAAAAACGGCAUGGUAGAACAAGUAUCGCAUUACAGACUAUGAAGGCACAAAAUAUUUUCAAGCUUUUUCAAAACAUCUGCUCUAUAAAAUGUGACGUCUUUUGGCUUGGUAUGAUGUUUUUCUUUAUCUGCAUUACUAAAUUCAGACGGACUAAAAAGCGACUUGUGUGAUAUGGGACAAUUUUUCAGUGCAGAAUUUAUUUAAAUCGAAUGUGUCAAACAAUCAGUGAGGCAUUUUAUAAUUUAAAAUUAGUUACAAAUUUCUUAUAAAAUAGUUUUUUGCACUGUUGAAGCAAUAGUUGUAAUCCACAAACGUGAAAUAUGUCGUUUAACUCGCACACGUCAUUCCAAAUUUAUGCACUUACUUUUUCUGUGGAUCGAAAAAAAAAGAAAAAAAAAACGAGAAUUUUGAAGGAUCUUGACAAGAUUUCGUUUCAAAAAAAACGA